AUGGUCGAUACUGCUAACGGGAUAUCAUUGAUGAAAUACAUAUCUGACCUACAAAGGCUCCGACAAGAAUAUCAAGUCGCCACUACACUCACUUACAAAGGGUAUUCCAUCGCACUUCCUAAGAUCGCAAGGACCCUUGUACACAUUGAUGUGUCCAACAAUGCAUUCCAUGGUAGCAUCCCCCAAGCUAUUGGGGAACUUGUUUUGCUCAACAUUCUCAACAUGUCACACAACUACUUGACUGAAGGAAUUCCACCCCAACUUGGUCGUUUGAAGAAAGUAGAGUCUUUGGAUUUAUUCUCGAACGAGCUUACGGGAGUGAUUCCACAAGAGCUAGCAUCUUUGGACUUCCUUGGGACACUAAACUUCUCCAACAAUAAGCUGGAGGGAAGAAUACCAGGAUCACCUCAUUUUCAGUCAUUUUCCAACAACUCGUUUCUGAGGAACGAUGGGUUAUGUGGACCUCCAUUAUCCAAAAAAUGCAGCAAUGAGACAACACCAUAUACCACGGUUGAUCGUUCGAAGGAAAACCCUGCGGACAUUGUGUUAUUUCUCUUUUCUGGAUUGGGAUUUGGUGUUGGGUUUGCAGUUGUAAUCAUAGGGACAUGGGUUCUUCCAAUUAGUAAGAGAAGUUGA